AGCUAUACUUCCUCUUUCUAAAGGGAGAAAGGCUUUCUGGUCCGUUACAAACUUUCUUUGUUCACUUUCUCCCCUGCUGAUAAUUCUGCAAAAAGGAUGCAUAUACUUUGUGCCGUGUUGCUUUUGGCGUUUGUGAUCCUCACCCACUCUUCAUCUGCCUUAAAUAAAGUGUGGGAGGAAUGGCAAAUUGAACAUCGCAAGGUUUAUGAUAAUAAGACUGAGAUGGAGUUCAGGAGAGCGGUGUGGGAGAAGAACAUGCUGUUAGUGUUGAGACACAACCAGGAGGCCUCAGCAGGAAACCACAGCUUCACCAUGGGACUCAAUCAUCUCUCUGACAUGACAGCUGAGGAAGUCAAUGAGAAGCUGAACGGCCUGAGGCUGGAGGAGUCAGCUGAUUUCAGAAAUGUCACUUUAAAGGAACCGAGAGGCUCAGCGACGCCUCAGAGUGUCGACUGGAGGAAGCACGGCCUGGUCAGUCCGGUCCAAAACCAGGGGAUGUGCGGGUCCUGCUGGGCCUUCAGCUCUCUGGGGGCUCUCGAGGGUCAGAUGAAGAGGAGAACAGGAGUCCUGGUUCCCCUGAGUCCUCAGAACCUGGUGGACUGCAGCACCAGCGACGGGAACCACGGCUGCAGAGGAGGAUACAUCUCCAAAUCCUUCAGCUACGUCAUCCGCAACCGAGGCGUGGACUCAGAGAAGUUUUACCCCUACGAACACCAGAACGGGAAGUGUCGGUAUUCAGUCAGAGGAAAGGCCGGCUACUGCUCUGAUUUCCACAUCCUCCCUGGGGGGGAUGAGGGGGCUCUGCAGGCUGCCGUGGCGUCAGAGGGGCCGGUCGCUGUGGCCCUGAACGCCAUGCUGAAAUCCUUCCAUCUCUACAGAGGAGGUUUAUAUAAUGUACCAAACUGCAACCCAAAGUUCAUAAAUCACGCGGUGCUGGUCGUGGGUUACGGCACAGACGCAGGACAAGACUUCUGGCUCGUGAAGAACAGUUGGGGCACCGCGUGGGGAGAAGAAGGCUUCAUUCGAAUUGCAAGAAACAAGAACAACCUCUGUGGUAUUGCCAGUUUUGCAGUCUACCCCACGCUGUGAAAAUGUUAUUUAUUAGAUAUCAAGACAUUGUUCUUUGUUUUUUUUACCUGUAACACUGACACUGAUACCCUGGAAGUAAAACUGGUGGAUACAACAAAUAAAAAAUGCCUGCGUUUCCUUUCUUAAAGUUCAUUUUGAAGAUAGAGUUCUCUUCAUGUUAUCAAUUUGAUGUGUUUAUUUAAAUGUUUGUAUUUAAAUGUUGGCUCUGCUUCAGUGAACUUUGUGGAUUUAAUUAAACUCUGAAUAAACUAAAUAUCGGUGUUCUGCCUGUUAUGAAGGGUGGCAUGGGAAGAAAAUAUUAUUACUGUUGUCAUAUUUAGAUAAAGUAUUAUACAGUUAUUUUUAUUAAGGCCUAAUUAUGGGUGUUGUUAAUAAACUUC